ACACAAGUGCCUCUCAAACCUCGCACGCAACUUGAGUCAGCUUUGUCACUUUUCAGAUUUUGCGAGGACGUGACCCUGAGCCAAAGUAUAUUGCUUUGUAAAACUAUGGGUGAUAAACCGCCGGACUGGUCCUCUCUAAUCAACAAGAAAGGUGAAUUUGUGCGGUCACCGUCAUCUUUUCGUGACUGGGUAACAGCUGACGGAUCGAGCGGUUUUCCAGCUGAAGCGAAUCGUUACCAUCUCUACGUGUCCUUGGCUUGCCCUUGGGCUCAUCGCACAUUGAUCGUGCGGAAACUGAAAGGGCUAGAAAAUGCCAUAUCCUACACUGUAGUUGACUGGCUCCUUGGUCCCGAAGGGUGGUUAUUCACAGACAGCAAACCGAAGUGUACUCUAGACACCCUGAACGGAUGUCAAACGCUGCGAAAGGUGUAUCAACUUGCCUCUCCUGGUUACGAGGGCAGGGUCACGGUACCUGUGUUGUGGGACAAACAUAAUAAGAAGGUCGUCAACAACGAAUCCAGUGAGAUUAUUCGAAUGUUCAAUAAGGAAUUCAACGCUUUCUGCGCCACAGACGAGCAGAGGAAACUAGAUUUGUACCCGGAGCACCUCCAAGAAAAGAUCGAGGAGCUCAACGGCUGGAUUUAUCCAAACAUCAACAAUGGUGUCUACCGGUCAGGUUUUGCUACAUCACAAGAAGCAUAUGAUGCUGCAGUUAGAGAUGUCUUCACACAUCUUGAUAAGGUAGAAGAUAUCUUGAGUAAAUCUCGUUACUUGACUGGCAACACCAUCACAGAGGCAGAUGUCCGUCUUUUUACAACUCUUGUUAGAUUUGAUAUGGUCUACGUUGGUCAUUUUAAGUGCAAUAAAAAACGUAUUAUGGACUAUCCAAACAUGUGGGGAUAUGUUCGGGAUUUGUAUCAAACAAGUGGAAUUGGUGAAACUGUGGAUGCUGAACACAUUCAAAAGCAUUAUCAGCAAAGUCACUUGAAGAUCAACCCAUAUGGUAUUGUGGCCAUUGGCCCAGACCUAGACUUCAACAAGCCACAUGGCCGACAGUAAUGAGCUGUCAAAAACGUGAAAAAAGCUGUAUUACGCUUACUUAUUAACUCACAAUUUAUUCACUUGAUUGGAUGAUUUUACCACAAGGCUUUGGUUCACUCCCACUCACAACUCCUGGCUUAUUUGAAAGAAACACACACUCAGCAUCCCGUUGUAAGCAUGUGGAGCAGUGCGACAUUUGGGGCAAUGAAAUACAUGGCACAUACAUGAUUGUUUGGUUAUGUUUAGAUGAACGAAAUCACUUAUAAAUGUCAAUCAAAUUAGGAAUAAUUAAUGUAUUGUACAGUUUCUAGAACCUCUUGGUGAAUUUUUAUAAGUUAUUAUACAUCUUAAUACAUUUUAAACUUAUAUGACUUUUAUUUUUUAAAUUUAUGCACCAGCCCAUGUUUGCCUUUGAGUCAACUUGCUUCAUUUGUUAAUGUUCUACUGAACUUCAUCAACUCUCUAAAAUUACAUCAUUUCUGGAUUCAUAACCUUUUGAACAGCAACACAGAUCUGUUUUUUUGUUUUGAUUUUUUUGUAAAAACUUGUCUUACCUUUCUUAAGUCAACAAAAUUUUGAAUUUUUACUGUUAUUAAAACUUUUUGGACUUUUUUGUUCGGGAGGAACCACUAUUUAAAUCAAUAUUUUAGGCUCUUUUUGAAAAAAACAAUUUUAGACCCUUGCUGUACCAGUUAGUAUUUUAGCAUUAGAUCAGUUGCAUUAGUAGAAGUGGAAAGUCAGUGUAAAUGGUUAAAUUAAACCUUGUAAAACUAGGUAAAUUAUUUAAGUAGAAGGGUUUAAAAUAAAAUAAAGGACCAUUCCUUUUUUGUGUGA